GAAUGAAUGUCUUCUCUGAUUUUAAUACAAUUAAUUGUGACUUAAAAUAACUAUAGCAUUCUCUCUAAAUUCAGGACUUCCGAAUCGUCGAAUGAUUUGGAUCCAGAGAUAGUUAUUGGCCUGAAGGAUAUGUUGGACCAACACAAUGAGUUAGCAAAGUGCUUUCGUUCUGCAAGGGAUAGAUUCAAAGAAGUGCCACAGCCAGAAUUCAAACUCAUGUUACUUUCUAACCGUGAAAGAGAUGGAAGAACAUAUAAUUUGCCCACUGCAUCUGAAGUGGUUGUUCUUAUUGUUGGAGAUUUGGAUAGUAUGUCUUCUCGUCGUGAUAUUAUUUAGAGCACAAAGAUCGUUCUUUGCAGCGUAUUAAUGAGCUCCACCCUUCAUAUUUGGCUUUGCAAUAUCCCAUACUAUUUCCAUAUGGAGAAGAUGGGUAUAGAUUAGAGAUCAAGUAUAGACAAGUUGAAGGUAGAGAUGCUAUUAAACGAAAAGAUGUGACAAUGGGAUAAUUCUUUGCCUAUAGGCUUCAACAAAGAGAUGUCGAAUUCAGUACAAUUCUAUCAUCAAGGAGACUAUUUCAUCAAUUUAUUGUUGAUGCUUAUACGAUGAUAGAAAGUGAUCAUUUGAAGUAUGUUCGACUAAAUAAAAAAAAACUAAGAGCAGAUGUUUACAAUGGGUUGACGGAUGCGGUUGUAAGAGGUGAAACAAACCCACAAACUCAAGGCAGAAGGAUCAUUUUACCGUCAUCAUUCACAGGAGGUGCGAGAUGGCCAGAAAUAGAGAGAGAAGUAAAAAAGGAAGGAGUGAGACCAGAGGAUCGACCUGAUUUGGUUACACGAGUCUUUAAGAUAAAGCUAAACAAUUUGAUAGCUGAUUUGAAAGAUCAGAAGAUAUUUGGUCAUCCAAGAGCAUUGGUCUACACAAUAGAAUUUCAGAAAAGGGGAUUACCGCAUGCCCACAUAGUGUUGUUCUUACAACCAGAGUUUAAACUGAAAGAGUGUGAGGAUAUAGACAAAGUCAUAUCAGCUGACUUCCCAGAUCUGAAUUUGGACUAUGAGCUAUAUAAUGCGGUGCAAAGCACAAUGAUUCAUGGACCAUGUGGAUACCUAAACAAGAAGGCACAGUGCAUGGAAAACGGAAAGUGUACCAAAUAUUAUCCAAGAAAUUUUAACCGCUGCACUACUGUGCGUAAAGAUGGCUAUCCAAUCUAUAGAAGAAGAAAUACUGGUAUCACGGCAGAAAAGAACAAAAUACCUGUUGAUAAUAGAUACGUUGUGUCAUAUAAUCCGUACUUGCUUAGAAAGUACCGUGCCCACAUAAAUGUCGAGUGGUGCUAUAAGGCGAGAUCUAUAAAAAAGGACACGACCGUGUUACUGCUGCAUUAUAUGAAAAGGACGCAACAGAGAGCAACAUUGGCGUACAUGAUGAGAUCAAAGUAUAUUGCGAUUGCAGGUAUAUUAGUGCCGCAGAAGGUAUGUGGAGGAUAUUGAGCUUUUAUAUUCAUUACAGAACCCCGGCGGUUGAAAGGUUGAGUUAUCAUCUCCCAAAUCAAUAAUAUGUGUCAUCUAGAAUAAGUAAGAUUAAUAUGUUCCACUUUUUUCAAUGAUUUAAUAUUUUUCACUUUAAAAAGUGACAUUAGUUUUACACAUUAAAAUAUUUAAUUAAAUAUAUACGACUAAUGCUUCUAUACAUUCCAACAAUGUAUGCACAUAUUCAAGAGAGUGAGGCUCAAAACAAGGCACUUCAAAAGAUAGAAGAAAUUCUACAACGUAAUGGAAGAACAUUGGCUCACUUUGAAGGGAUGUCUGCCGUAGAACAUGGAGAUGAUGAAAGAGCGCUUGACGCAUUGGUAGAGGAAG